UAAAACUGCCCCCAUUUAGCAUUGCUGUCAUUGUGAAACAAACCUUUUACCCCUUGCACAAAUGAAACACCUGUUUCAGUGGCAAUACAAGGAUUCCUGUUAAGAUUCCAGUUCACAUGUCGCUUGUAGAAAUCGCUGUUGUUGCCAGGCAGUGUGAGGCUUUCUGCCUCUGCUGCAUGGCUGAUGUUUGCAAUGAAAGGCUAGAUGACAGGAGGGUGGGGACAUUCCUUCGAAAUAUUAGUUUAUCGGAUCACCCAUUGUUAUUCUGUGGAGGUAGUCUGAGGUGAACCUGGAAAUAGGAAGGCAUUAUCUGAAUGUGUCAUUAUAGAUCCUCAAGGAAAUAAUGCUGUUGAAAUGCCUGCGGAAAUGAAUGACGAACUGGGGACACCAUGGGCACCAUUGAAAGAAUAUGCUAUGGUAUUGCCUGGCAUAAUUGUUUCUAUGAAUGUGCAGAAAUAUGGCCUCUGGGGAAUAAUUCUGGGAAAUAACAGCCUGUGUUUGAUUAGCAACAGUGUGAUUCAGGAAGUGGUCUGUUGCUAGGAGCCGUCUGUCAUCCAGCAGAUUAUAUGUAAAUAAAGCGAAGGUCUCUGAAACUCUGAGGACAUCUGUGAGAGGACAUGCUUUGCCUGAGGGAAGACUGGAAAUGGGAAAAUAAGGAAUGAUAAGACACUACAGCGAGUACAUUAUAUGUGAAAAUGACAUGCUGUGACUUUUACGGUCUGUCAGUCAUUAUUUGUUUAGUUAUCAGGACAUUUGAAUGCAUGUUCUAAGGUCAAUCAAGGAUAAUAGACAUAGUUUACCAAAGGAGGAAUACAGUGUAUCAAGCAACAUCUUUUGCUCUACAAAUAUUCAAGAUGAAAUAGGAUUUGCAUUGUAUUUCAGUAUUUGAGAUCUUCUUGAAUUUCUAAUACUUCUGUAUAGAUUUAUGUAACAAUGAUAGAGGCAACAUUAUUGGAGUUUGAUUUUCUUAUUAAUGAGUUGGCAGCUGAGUUGAAUUGUCUGUCCAACAGGGAGAAGAUAGGCUCAAGAAAAUGGAAUGGACCUUUUCAAAAGCAAAGUCUUCCUAGCUUCUGUGGAUAUUUGCAAAAACAGAACCAUUUGGAUUGUUUUGAUGCUACUCAAAGUUGCAUACACAUACAACUUCAUGACCAGUUAUUGAGCAGUAUCUCCACUGACCUGGACAUCCUUCUGAACGACUUGUGUGACAACAACUUCCCUCUCAUUUAUCCAGAGGAAUCGCCAAGGAAGGAUGUCAGCAACGUGAAACUGCUUGAAGAAUAUGUGGCAGCAGGAACAGAAGAUGACACAUCCAGUGACAGUAUAUCUGACUCUGACCCUGGGCUGGUGAAGGACCGCACAUCUUCCUCCUCUUCCUCAAGAGAUGACAGUCUUACAAGACCUGGGAACUCUGAGAGCUUGAGGAGCAGCACCACUUCCAAUGGAGUUGAGGAGAACAAUAAUGGUAUGAAGAUUUCGGAAGAGGAGGCGCCUCGGGAGAUCCCACUCCUGGAGAGGCUGAUCAAGACCCAUCCUAUUUGGUACCUUCCUAACAUCAGUCGUGCUGGCACCAUACAUCUCCUACAGCACAGGGAUGUGGGGUCUUUUAUAGUGCGGAAAUCCAGCCAGCAGGCCACCAUGGCCCUUUCCGUACGUCUGCCCGAAGGUUGCGGUCAACACAUAGAGCACUUCCUUAUCCAGACCACUGACCAGGGACUCCAGUUAGAGGGCUCUAAUUACUUCUUCCCUGCCAUACCUGUAUUGGUGGAAUAUUACUCUAAUACUCUAGAUGAACUGCCAUGUAAGCUGGUCUUGCCCAAGGUUCUCAGUGCUGCCACCACUCAUCAGGAGCUGGCCUCCCUGGCUCUACUAGGCCAAGAUUUUUGGAGCUCUUCUCUUCAUUGGACCAAAUCAGCAACUUCCAGUAGUAGUGGUAGCAGGGAAAUAGUGGAAAUAGGGGACAGAUUCCACAUAGAAGCAGCCCUGUGGACAUAGAAGAAGGUGGACAGUCCAGUGCAUUUAGAACCUAAUCUGAAAAAAGGUGAAACUGGAGUUUCUGAACUAGUCCCACGCCAGCCAUGUAGAAUGGUGCAGAGGAGUUCAAGCAGCGGAAGCAAAAAGAAGACACCCAAAUUAAUACGCUCAUCACAAAAACAGAACUCUAAGGUGUCAAAACGUGUCAGUGGAUUUACUUUUGAAUCAUUUAGCCCCACAGGCUCAGCAGGAUCAGUAAAGAGCUUACAACAGUCAAGCUUGCAACAGCCAAAGCCAUGUUUCAUUAGCACUGCUUCAAUUCAGUUGUCCAGCGAUGGGACUCUACCUGGGCAGAAUGUUGUGACCACGACUGGGCCUUCUUUUAGUGCAACCACCACUACACAGAGCUCUUCUACACAGGAACAACAAAGUCAGCCAUCAAUAUCAUCAGAUGCAAAACAGUCCCUGCUUACAGCAUCAACGGUGACCACAACUACAACAACGUCAACGACUGUUACCUAUGCGGUGCCACAGAAAGCAAAAGUAUGCACAAAAACUGUCAGUCAAUACCAGUCACAGGUUGCCUCAGAAAGUGUGAAUAAAAAUCUGGUGCAUGCUCCAGUUGCAUAUAAGUCUACUGGAAUAGAGCAAGUGAGGACUCCAGACACACCAUAUUAUAGGAGUAACCUUUCAGAUCGCCUGAGCGAUUAUGAGGAUCUUUGGACUCCAGAGUCGCCAGCCAGAAAAAGAGACAAAUCCCUUAAAAGCAAACUUCAGUCAAACAAAAUCAAGGGUGCUAUUACUACCACUAGUGCAUCAAGUCAAUCCCAAAGUGCUGUGCAUCAAUCCCAGAAUAUUGUAAGUCAAUCCCAUAAUUCUCAGGAUCAUAUUCCACACUCACGACCUGUUUCGAAUGUUGGAUUUGUGAACCCAUCUUUUCGAAAUCUGACAACUCAGCAGAAAGCCCAGAACACUGUGACUGUAAAUUCUACGUUUUCUGCAGUUACAUCCCAAGUUACGACAGCUGUGACAUCUCUUCUUCAAAGUAAAGAAAGUUACAGGUCAGAAAUCACUAUAGGAGUCAAUAAGAAGACUUCAGAACCAGUGGUGUUCACGUUUGAUGUCAAUCAGCAACAAAAGCUGCGUCCUCCACCAGUUUUUGUCCCACCACCACCUCCACCAGUGUCAACAAUAACUGUCCAUGGCAGUUCAAAUACAAACUCAUCCUCACAGCAAUCAGCUUCUAAAGUUAGAAUUCAAUUUAGAAAAACUUCCACUGGUUUAAAGACUGAAUCUGCUCAGGCUGUGUACAAUCCUAGUCCCAUAUAUGCUGAGCCAUUUGACAGUUUAAUGGCCAACCUGCAUACGGCAGUGGAAGAGCUCAAGACUGUGUCUAAUACACAGUCUGCACAGGUAAAUGAAGAGACACAGACAUCGCUCUCUUUGGAGUAUGGACAACAGGAGGAAAAUUUAGCUUUAAUGAACGCUGUGGCAGAAGAGGAGGAGGAACGGGAGAGUAUAGCAUCCUUUGAGGAUGAUGAUGCUGUUUUUUCUACCAAGCCUGAACCCCAAGACGGUACAGAAGAUAUGCACGUUCAGUGGACAUACCCACGUGCAUCCAGUCUCGCCAAGUCCAGCCGAAGUCACACCCAAUCCCCGGCAGUUCGCUCACAGUGCCAAACCCCAAGUGCCAUAAGUAUAGACAGUGUCAGCAAGAAGGACCACAUGAUGGAGAAACAGCUUUUACAGCAACAAUGUGAAAGAGGUGAAGGAGGGGUUGGCAUUUCUGAAGGCAGGAGGUCAGUCACCUCUGAUGACUUUGUUUUUAUAGAUGAGGAUGACAUGAAUGGAACAAUGGAGAGCACUCACACAGAUCACCCAUUUCCUUUAGAUAUCACUUCUCAAAGUUCAUCCCUUUCAGACAUCACCACAGUGGAGGACAUCAUAGCUCCAGAUCUCAAAGUCAGACCCAUUGGGGAACUAACUCUGGAAAACUUGAAACGUAUGUCCACCUACGAUAAUGUCACAUUCGAUGAUAUCAAAAACUGUGGUCGCACGGAGAGUACAUACUCCGGGACAAUAUUCUCCAAACCAUGGGACAGCAGUCUGUGGGAUGAUCUGUUAAAUCUAGGUUGGACUGCUCACGAGGCUAAAUACUCUCUUCCACCAGGUUCUCCUCCACAUUUAGACAAGAAUGGGGUUAGCGAAGUACAAAGUAGUCAAUACAAUGAGACGUCCACCUAUGAUAAUGCUUUUUCAAGUGAUGGGGAGCAUGACCACUCCCACUGGGACACAAUAGACCAGCAGUUACUGGACCAAGAGGUGCUGUGUGGACGCAUGGAGACUGAGAGCGUGUACUCCUGGAGAAGAAUGACCCUUCCCAAUGGAGGUGCUGCAGACUCUCCAACAAAUCACAUCUUCCUGAAACCUAUUUCUCUUCAGACAGUAAACCAGCCACACAGGCAGGUCCUUGAGAGACAGCUCUCUAAUAAGUCAUCUGCUCCAGGGAGUCCUGAACCCACAUCACCUAAUCUCAAGAGACAGCUCUCUAACAGGUCACAACACAAUCAGGCACAACAGCUUGCUCAACUAUCGCAAUCACAGCCAGGGACAUCCAGGAAGCCCCAGUCAUUUCGAUCAAAGUUAUCUAGUGGUCCAACAUCAUUGUCUCAGCCUGGUUCUCCUACAACUCAGUUGCCAGGGACACAAUCACCAAGGAAACCACUGACAUUGAUAGACGGUAAACUGGUAGAUGAAAAUGGUGUUACCAUGGCAACAGAUGAACAGGAGGACCAUAUUUGCAGUGACGAAGAUGAAGAGGAAGAAGAUGUUCUUCAGAUUGAGCCUAGGAUGCAAAGCCACAGCAUCAGUUCCAGUUUCGGUGAACGUCUUGGGCCAUUUCUUUCUGCCAAACGUGUGACCAGUAUGAGACAAAAUAACAGGGAUCCAGGGUUGAAGAUCAGAGACUAUAUUUAUAGGCUUUCCAUGGAUCAUUGCACCACGUUUGGUAGCACAAUAGAAAACUUCCUACAGUGCACAAGAGAAAGUAAUGAAACUAAUCCUAAUGUGGUGUUGAGGAAUGUCCGCCAAUUUAUGAGUGGAAUAAAGAAUUAUCUUGUGAAACAUGGAGAGGGAAAUUUGGAUGACAUAAUUGAAAAAGAAAGGAAAAAGCUUGGGCCAGAAGAAUUUCUGAACAUUGAUGCCAUCAUAGAAGGAGCCCUGAACAGGUGUAUUGUAAGACCUCUGAAACAACACAUCUACAAGCUCUUUGUAAACGAGUACACCAGAAAUGGCAGCAUUCGACUCCUCUCUGACAACAUCAAAUAUGCAUCCACCAAGACUUCUCAGGAACUUGGAGUCAGGCCUGAGCUUCAGCCUCCCCAGGGGACCUCUAUGGAUGUCAUCAAGCACUUCUUGCAGAAGAUGCAAAAAGCUCAUUCUCCACUCAAGAAACUUGAAAACCUCCUGAAUGCCACUUCUUCCAUAUAUAACAGUGUGAGGACAGCAACUGGAAGUGGAGGAAGAUCAGGCCACCAGGUGGCGCUAGCUGCAGAUGAUUUCUUGCCUAUGUUCAUUUAUGUGUUGGUUCAGUGCGGUAUGGUCUCCGCUGAGAUAGAAGCAGACUAUAUGUGGGGUCUCCUCCAUCACUCUCUGCUGGCAGGCGAGGGGGGUUACUACCUGACCACUCUCAGCUCGGCUGUCCACGUACUGAAGAACUUGAAGGAAGUACAGGAGAUGCCUGUGGGCUCCUGGGGCAGUGAUUCUUCCAACAUAGCAGACUUCCAAGGUUUCCUUAGGGUUGUGAUACCUGAUGAAAACAAUGGCAGUAUCAUGAGCAAAAUUAUGCCUGUCAGACCUAACAUGUCCACUAAAGAAGUCCGCUGUAUGAUUGCUCACAAGUUCAAGGUCACCAACCCCCAGGACUAUGGCCUUUAUCUUCUUUGUGAUGGUCAAGAAAUUCACCUAGGAGACAGUGCAUGCCCACAAAACAUCAAAGCAGAAUUGGUGGCGGAAGAAAAGAAAGGCUCCUUUGCUUAUAAAAGGAAUGGAGCAAAGAUUGCUUGGCCUACAUCUUUAAUGAACCACCAGUGAAUUAUCCCCAAGACAGAGAGAGAGAGAGAGAGAGAGAGAGAGGCAGAGCAAGAGAAAAAUAAACUUAGUUGCUCAAGUAGAGACUUCAGGAAAACUGUGUAGGAUGGAAUAUAUAUAUAAUAGAGAAGACAGCUUUACAGGACAUCUGUGUCAGGACACAAACUCUCAUAGCACUCAAUGAAAGACUCUUUUAAAAGAGAGCUUAUUAUGUACUGUUACUAUAGACAGAUAAUGAAAUAGAGAAUUGUUAAAUUUAUUCAGAAAAAUCCAUUUUUAUUGGACAAAGGUUUCCAGAAAUGAUAUAAAAAUGCUGUAUACAGUAACACUUACAACUAAGGUUUGGUACAGGCUUUGCUUGAUCGGGUCGGAUCGUUUUGAAAAACGAUGCAAAGCAAACAAAAUGCAAUGCCCUCUUGUUGCCAAAGUUGUGAGAAAAGUUCAUGUCUUACUUAAGCAAUGGAGUUCUCGCGCGUCUUUCAAAUGUGUCCAAGUGCAAUAUUCAAGAGAUUCUUACUCGGUGUUUAUAUGGUGGACAAGCUGCUCUUGCCUUACUGUUACGAGCUUCAUUUGAGAUUCAUAUGUUGUAAAUGUGGUGUAGAUAUAGCUUAAAUAGGCAUUUUCAAUUUAUCACUCAUUCUUUCAUUCAACAGAAGGUGCUACUUAUUCACUAAAACAGGCUUCAUUCACUCAAUUUUGAUUUGCAAUUAGUUUUGGUAUGCAUGGUGCCAUAUAUUAAUUAUUGUCUGUUUUGUUUGUUAAGUUUGCUCAAUAUGAUUCUAUAACAGAGUUAAUUAUUUUCAUUUCUAACAAUUUAAAAUAUCUUGUUUGUGGAAGUCUAUCUAUACUUUAUGCUGUAAUUUAGGAUUAAUGAAGAUUAUGUCACAUAAUUAAUAAUAAUAACUCUUUGAAAUGUGGGCCAAUUAAUGCAUCUUGAGAUUUGUUAGGCAGAUAUUUACAGAUAUUGAGUUUCUAGAUGUCAGAACUUUAAAAGUAGCACAGCAAUACUGUAUACUACUCUAGUAUAACUGAUUCUUUUAAGUGUUUUGAACAAAGUUGCGAUCAGAGCAUCCAGUAAUGAAAUAUGAUUCGUUUUCGUUCUCAAAUUAUAGUCAGAAUGUUUUACUGAAGUAAACUUUUUAUUUUCAAACACUGCCGUGUUUUCUACCUACAGACCUCCCUGUGUUUUGUGGCGCACGGUAAAGCCAGUCACGUGAUCUCAGCAGACGUUCAACUGGAGAUGGCCACUAUUAUACCAAUAAGCAAAUAUAUCUUGAUAUUAUUGCAAAGCAAUGAAAUUUCUAAUAAAUAUGGUUUUAUUACAG